CAAAUUUCAGUUAGAUUGUAAUGUCAAAUGUAAAUACAGAUUUAAAUUGCAGUUUUGUGGUCCUCCAGCUAUUUUCUAUAUAAAUUAACGGUUCAUAAUUUGUCAAAAUGGCAGAUUCUAAUAAGGCCGAAGAAAAACCUCCAAAUCCAGAGGAGACAAUUCCUCCGCCCCCGUUGGAGGCAGAAAUGCCGACAUUUUUCCACAUCGGUGGAUGGGCCAAACAGUGCUUGGUAUCCGGCUACGAAUUUGGCGCUUGGCACUUCGAUUGCUCCACUGGUGCUGGAGACAACAUUGGCCUUUAUAGCUUUGGUGCGGGCAGACCUGAAUUUAAAGAUGUUUCCGGCGGUGUGGGUAUUCGCGAGAAGGUGGGUAUCUUCAAUAUGUCGCAGGGUUGGCAAUCUGGCGGCAUUUUGGGUACGCUUGGUCUACGCUCUCCAUUAGUUGACGGCGUGGCGAAUGCCAUGUUACGUGGCAUAUAUGAUAUACAAGGCGAGGAUGGUGCAAAGAUUGAACUCUAUUCCGGCUACGAGCAUUCGCCCGUCAAGUUUGAUAUGAUCAUACCCAUUUUGAAUGUGCCAAGAUUGAUGGGCUAUGUGCUGCUCCAGCUGGCCGAAAACUAUCUGUUGGCCUACCGGACGGUCUAUAACUUCGACGACUCGGCAUUUGAGAAGCACGCCUUGUGCGCGGGUUUCAAUAAUGACAAAACCGAAUUGAGCCUCAAGUUCGAGGACUUCAAGGAUUGGCGUGUCUCCAUAUUCCAGCGCAUAGGCGAGCGCUGGGCGGUUGCCCUGAAGGCGGAUAUUUACAGUGAAGACGAUAUGGAAAUUGCCAUUGGAGGCCAGUACGAGGUCCAUGAAAAUGCACUGCUCAAGAUGAAGGUGCGCUACGACGGCUUCCUGGGGUUGGCCUACCAAGUACAUCUCAGCGAGAAUAUUGCGAUUAGGUACCACGCUGGCUUGAACGUCUCAGAUCCCAUCAAAGGCGACCACAAAAUUGGCCUUUCCUGGCUUCUUAGGUGUUAGAUUUAAACGCAAAACGAUAAUGUGUUGUAAAUGGGCUGGAUCGAGUUCUGGCCAGAGUUAUCUUGCCCCGCACGAUGUUCUUCUACUGUAGCCAAGCAUCUAGUCUGGGCAUGGAAGGAGUCGUCCCCGCCAGGCUCGUGUGUAAGGAGUUAAGGAGUAUAAAAUUGUUCAUUAAAGUGUUUCUGGCAUACAAA